CUAACGUAUAUGAGUUAGGCAGAAUAACAAGAAUUCAAUUAUGAUAACUAAUAUCUGGAUGUAUUUGGAUGCAUGCAUAACAUAAGAAUCACAUUUUCAGGGAAAUUGAUUUGUUAGUAAUGCGGAAUAUUUAUUAACAAUGUAAUUUAUUCGAUUAAUGCAUAAAGUCAUCAACAAGAGUGUACAAGACAAUAAAGAUGAGAUAUAAUGCUUUUUUUAAUCCGACAAACAUAUUGAAUAAUGCAUUGAGUUCUCAAAUGAUAUAGUAACAUUAAAUAAACCGAUAGCCAUUUAUUGAUUUUAUUGAAUAAGCAUCAGAGAGAUUGAAUCUUAGUGCAAAUACCUAAUUUUUAGCAAUAACUUAUUUAGAUCAUUAUUUCAAUUAGCAAGGAAUAAAUGAAAAAGAAAUAUUUUUAUAUGCUGCAACUGCUUUAAUGUUGGCAGCUAAAGCAUAAGAAAUAGAUGAAAAGAUUCCAUUUAUAAGUAAAUUGAAGAGAUAUUCCUCUAUGACAUCUCAUCCUGAAAUAAACAACUACACAACCUAAGAAUUUAGGAAUGCAGAGAAGUCUAUUAUUUAAUCGCUUGAUUGGAAAUUACAAAGAGUCACUUUAUUAGAUCGUAUAGAAACUUUGCUUUCUUUUGGAGUUAUUGAUGAUGAUGAUAGUCUUGCUCAAUAACCUGUAUCAUAACAAAAGGAAAACUAAGAAUAAUAAUAAUAAUAAUAAUAAUAACAAUAAUAAGUACAUAUUAAAUUAAGAGAUUUAAAUGUAACUUAAAUAUAGAAUUAUGUCAAAGAAGUUGAAAAUAAAUAUAUCGAAAUUGCUUUCACUGUUCUUAGAGGUAUAUUUGAAUAUUUAUUUAGAUGAUUAAAUUUAUUUCUCAAAUGAUUAGUCAAUUUUAGCUUCAUCAUGUGUUGCUUACUUAAGAAAAAAGGCUGGAUUAUUAAAUAUUUGGUCUUAAUAAUUAUAGGCUUUAACUGGAGAAUCUACAUAAAAAUUAUCAUCAACUGUUUCUUAAAUUAUGACUCUAACUCCAAAAAACAAAGUUUAAAGUGUUCCUAAACCUUUAAUCACUAUAUAGUCUAGUUCUUAUUUAUAAAAUUUCUAGAACCCUCCUUCUCAAACAAGAACUUCCUAAGCCAAAUAUAGACCACAAAUGUUUGACAAAUAGUUAACUGGAGAUAUUUUACAAUCAUACAAUACUACCACUAAAGCCUAAGUAAAAGUACCACUUUUUUAAUCUCAAUCGACUAUGCAAUUAUCAAAAAAUGAUAUAAUGAAACCACAUCAUUUGAAUUAAAGUAAAUAUACAAGUAGAAAUGCUAAUUUUCCUACUACUAAUAACUAUUCUUAUUUAUCUGACAAUAUUGUACCUCCUAAUUCCUAUAUAAAACAUGUAGAUUUAGAUAAAAAAUAUGAAUAAGUUCAUAAGGUUAGUGAAGCUAAAUUUAGAACCAAAAUAUUCAAUCAAUGA